AUGCGCAUGCCCAGGGUGUGCCUGCGUGCAGCAGGGAAGACUAGCAUCUGGUGCUCCCUGAAGCUGUGGGAGGUUGGGGCCACCGGUCCUGGGAUAGGCUUCAACGUAGGAACUGUGGAGUACAAGAACUUCAGCUCCACCCAGUGGCUCAUGGGUGGCCAGGACAAGACCUGGCCUCUAUGGCGCCAUUACUUCCAGGACACCCAAGGUCUGAUCUUUCUGGUUGACAGGAAUGACAGAGAGCGUGUGAAUGAGGCCCGGGCAGAGCACAUGAGAAUGCUGGCUGGAGUUGAGCUCAGGGAUGCGGUUCUGCACAUGUUUGCUAACAAGCAGCGUCUCCCCAGUGUGGCUGAGACCAUAGACAAUCUGGGCCUGCAUGCCCUGCGCACAGGUACGUUCAGGCACCUGUGCCACCAGCAUGGGCUCUAG